AUGCCACACCCUCAUGCCGCACCCUCAUGCCACACCCUCAUGCCACACCCUCAUACCACACCCUCACGCCACACCCUCAUGCCGCACCCUCAUGCCGCACCCUCACGCCACACCCUCACGCCACACCCUCACGCCACGACCUCAUGCCACACCCUCAUGCCACACCCUCACGCCUCACCCUCACGCCACACCCUCAUGCCGCACCCUCAUGCCGCACCCUCAUGCCACACCCUCAUGCCACACCCUCACGCCUCACCCUCAUGCCGCACCCUCACGCCACACCCUCAUGCCACACCCUCAUGCCGCACCCUCAUGCCACACCCUCACGCCACACCCUCAUACCACACCCUCACGCCACACCCUCAUGCCGCACCCUCAUGCCGCACCCUCACGCCACACCCUCACGCCACACCCUCACGCCACACCCUCAUGCCACACCCUCAUGCCACACCCUCACGCCACACCCUCACGCCACACCCUCAUGCCACACCCUCACGCCUCACCCUCACGCCACACCCUCAUGCCGCACCCUCAUGCCGCACCCUCAUGCCACACCCUCACGCCGCACCCUCACACCACACCCUCAUGCAUCACACUCAUGCCACACCCUCAUGCCUCACCCUCAUGCCGCACCCUCAUGCCGCACCCUCACGCCACACCCUCUUGCCGCACCCUCACGCCUCACCCACAUGUCAAACCCUCACGCCACACCCUCAUGCCGCACCCUCACGCCUCACCUUCAUGCCGCACCCUCAUGCCGCACCCUCGUGCCACACCCUCACGCGACACCCUCAUGCCACACCCUCGUGCCACACCCUCACGCCACACCCUCAUGCCACACCCUCAUGCCUCACCCUCACGCCAAACCCUCACGCCUCACCCUCACGCCACACCCUCACGCCGCACCCUCAUGCCACACCCUCUUGCCGCACCCUCACGCCUCACCCUCAUGUCAAACCCUCACGCCACACCCUCAUGCCGCACCCUCACGCCUCACCUUCAUGCCGCACCCUCAUGCCGCACCCUCGUGCCACACCCUCACGCGACACCCUCAUGCCACACCCUCGUGCCACACCCUCACGCCACACCCUCAUGCCACACCCUCAUGCCUCACCCUCACGCCAAACCCUCACGCCUCACCCUCACGCCACACCCUCACGCCGCACCCUCAUGCCGCACCCUCAUGCCACACCCUUAUGCCGCACCCUCACGCCACACCCUCACGCCACACCCUCAUGCCACACCCUCAUGCAACACCCUCAUGCCGCACCCUCACGCCACACGCUCAUGCCACACCCUCAUGCCGCAUCCUCACGCCACACCCUCAUGCCACACCCUCACGCCACACCCUCACGCCACACCCUCAUGCCACACCCUCAUGCCGCACCCUCAUGCCACACCCUCAUGCCACACCCUCACGCCUCACCCUCACGCCACACCCACAUGCCACACCCUCAUGCCACACCCUCAUGCCACACCCUCACGCCACACCCUCAUGCCACACCCUCAUGCCACACCCUCAUGCCACACCCUCAUGCCACACCCUCAUGCCGCACCCUCACGCCACACCCUCAUGCCGCACCCUCACGCCUCACCCUCACGCCUCACCCUCAUGCCGCACCCUCAUGCCGCACCCUCGUGCCGCACCCUGAUGCCGCACCCUCACGCCACACCCUCACGCCACACCCUCACGCCUCACCCUCACGCCACACCCUCAUGCCAUACCCUCAUGCCACACCCUCAUGCCGCACCCUCGCGCCACACCCUCAUGCCACACCCUCACGCCUCACCCUCAUGCCGCAUCCUCAUGCCGCACCCUCGUGGCGCACCCUCACGCCUCACCCUCACGCCUCACCCUCAUGCCGCACCCUCAUGCCGCACCCUCAUGCCGCACCCUCAUGCCACACCCUCAUGCCGCACCCUCACGCCUCACCCUCAUGCCGCACCCUCAUGCCGCACCCUCACGCCAGACCCUCAUGCCGCACCCUCACGCCUCACCCUCAUGCCGCACCCUCGUGGCGCACCCUCACGCCUCACCCUCAUGCCGCACCCUCAUGCCGCACCCUCGUGCCGCACCCUCAUGCCGCACCCUCACGCCACACCCUCACGCCACACCCUCACACCACACCCUCACGCCUCACCCUCAUGCCACACCCUCAUGCCGCACCCUCACACCUCACCCUCAUGCCGCACCCUCAUGCCGCACCCUCACGCCACACCCACAUGCCGCACCCUCAUGCCACACCCUCAUGCCACACCCUCGUGGCGCACCCUCACGCCACACCCUCACGCCACACCCUCACACCACACCCUCACGCCACACCCUCAUGCCACACCCUCAUGCCACACCCUCACGCCACACCCUCACGCCACACCCUCACACCACACCCUCACGCCUCACCCUCACGCCACACCCUCAUGCCACACCCUCAUGCCGCACCCUCACGCCUCACCCUCAUGCCUCACCCUCAUGCCACACCCUCAUGCCACACCCUCGUGGCGCACCCUCACGCCACACCCUCACACCACACCCUCACGCCACACCCUCACGCCACACCCUCAUGCCACACCCUCAUGCCGCACCCUCAUGCCACACCCUCACGCCACACCCUCAUGCCACACCCUCAUGACACAGCCUCAUGCCUCACCCUCACGCCACAGCCUCACGCCUCACCCUCAGGUCUCACCCUCAUGCCACACCCUCACGCCGCACCCUCACGCCACACCCUCAUGCCACACCCUCAUGCCGCACCCUCACGCCUCACCCUCGUGCCGCACCCUCAUGCCGCACCCUCGUGGCGCACCCUCACGCCUCACCCUCAUGCCGCACCCUCAUGCCGCACCCUCGUGCCGCACCCUCAUGCCGCACCCUCACGCCACACCCUCACGCCACACCCUCACACCACACCCUCACGCCUCACCCUUAUGCCACACCCUCAUGCCGCACCCUCACGCCUCACCCUCAUGCCGCACCCUCAUGCCGCACCCUCACGCCACACCCACAUGCCGCACCCUCAUGCCACACCCUCAUGCCACACCCUCGUGGCGCACCCUCACGCCACACCCUCACGCCACACCCUCACACCACACCCUCACGCCACACCCUCAUGCCACACCCUCAUGCCACACCCUCACGCCACACCCUCACGCCACACCCUCACACCACACCCUCACGCCUCACCCUCACGCCACACCCUCAUGCCACACCCUCAUGCCGCACCCUCACGCCUCACCCUCAUGCCUCACCCUCAUGCCACACCCUCAUGCCACACCCUCGUGGCGCACCCUCACGCCACACCCUCACACCACACCCUCACGCCACACCCUCACGCCACACCCUCAUGCCACACCCUCAUGCCGCACCCUCAUGCCACACCCUCACGCCACACCCUCAUGCCACACCCUCAUGACACAGCCUCAUGCCUCACCCUCACGCCACAACCUCACGCCUCACCCUCACGUCUCACCCUCAUGCCACACCCUCACGCCGCACCCUCACGCCACACCCUCACGCCACACCCUCACGCCGCACCCUCAUGCCGCACCCUCACGCCGCACCCUCACGCCACACCCUCAUGCCACACCCUCAUGCCACACCCUCACGCCUCACCCUCAUGCCGCACCCUCAUGCCACACCCUCAUGCCGCACCCUCACACCUCACCCUCGCGCCACACCCUCAUGCCACACCCUCAUGCCGCACCCUCACGCCUCACCCUCACGCCACACCCUCAUGCCACACCCUCAUGCCACACCCUCACGCCGCACCCUCAUGCCGCACCCUCACGCCGCACCCUCACGCCACACCCUCAUGCCACACCCUCAUGCCACACCCUCACGCCUCACCCUCAUACCGCACCCUCAUGCCACACCCUCACGCCUCACCCUCAUGCCUCACCCUCACGCCACACCCUCACGCCUCACCCUCACGCCUCACCCUCAUGCCGCACCCUAAUGCCGCACCCUCAUGCUGCACCCUCAUGCCACGGCCCUCUCAGGUGUUCUUCCCAGCAUCCACUCCGCACUGGCGCCAUCUCUUCUCGGGCAGGCGGUACAGCGGAGGGCAGGUGGAGGGGGUGGCGGUGGCAUUGGAGGAGGCGGCGGUGUUUGUGAGGGAGGGCGCCGUGAUGGAGGUGCUGCCCGACCACACCGACACACUCGUGCCCUGUGGCGCUCACAUCCUCCCCUCCGUCACUUGCAUGCCCAGGUGCGUCCUCCCAUGCCCAGGUGCGCCCUACCAUGGGCAGGUGCGCCCUACCAUGGCCAGGUGCGCCCUCGCAUGCCCAGGUGCGCCCUCCCAUGCCCAGGUGCGCCCUCCCAUGCCCAGCCAUCGCACCAUCCAGCUGUGGCCGGGCGGGGCCGGCAGCACAGAGUUGUGUGCGCUGCUGCGAGUGUCGCACCGCUAUGAGGGCACCGUCACUCCUGCCGCUCACGGACUGCCGGGCCACUCUGCCGAGUCUGCCAGCAGCGGUAGCAGCAGCAGCAGUGGCGGCGGCGCUGGCGCUGGUCGUGGGAAGAUGAGCAGCGCAGCAGGUGCAGGUGGCAGCUUGGCGGACGAGAGUGGUGGGGGUGUGGGUGGGGAGGGAGAGGUGGAGGCGGAGGGGGGUGCGGGGCUGCAGGGAGAGGGUGAUGGUGAUGUGGCGAGGGGCGAGGGUGAGGCGGUGGAGGAUCUUCCUCAGAUGGAUGCUGCGCAGGAGGACGAGGAGGGAGGGGCUGGGGCAGGAGGGGAGGGGAAGGACGAGGGAGACGUGAGAAUGAGAAGAGCGAGGAGACUGCUGAGGAUGGGAGACGAUGCUCUGCAGGGGCUUGAAGUGGGUGUGCUGCGCUUGAGAGGAGAGCAGCAAGAGGGGGGAGGCGAGCAGCAGCAAGGCGGGGCGGGCGGUGGGAGCGGGGGCAGGCGGGUGGUGGAGGUGGCAUGGGGGGGUACGGCGCGCCGGGAGGUGCAUGUUAUGCUCAUGUUCGAGCGCGUCCCCCACGUCACACUCACACUGCUGCCACCCACGGGUGCCGCUCCUCAUGGCGCACAGGAGGGCGAGCGCGUGCCGUGUGAGAGUGCUGAAAGCCUGGACAGGCCGCUGUCACUCUGCCGUCUGCACCUAGAUAAAGGGAUCACACGGAUAGUUUACCCUGUGUGA